AUGGGUGCUGGUGCCAGUACUGACCGAGAAACCAGGGAUGCGUUUAAGCGGAUCGUGUAUACAGCAGCUGCUACCCCUCGGGGCGCUUCCGAAAGUGCCAGCCUGUCGAUCAUUCUGCAACCUUUGGGUGGUGAGCCCAUGACCGUGAGCUGUAAGAGCUGUUCUGCAGUGGAGGAGCUUCGAAACUUGGUCCCCUUGGAGGAUGUGUGCGGCUUGAUCUUCAAGGGUAGGCUUCUAGCUGGAUCUUCCAAGUUGCACGAAGAAGGCAUCCAAACUGGAGACCUUCUCACAGCUUGCCUUGGUAAGGUGAAGAAGUUGCAGGCCAUUCGGAAGACACAGGCGUGGGCAUCCGAUUCCUUCGCAUUGCUGCGUUCCGAUGGCAGCGUUUCUACAUGGGGAGAGCCCCAGGAAGGAGGUAAUAGCUCACCGGUUCAAGAAGACCUGAAGAAUGUCAUUGACAUCUCUGGUUCACAGAGUGCCUUCACGGCCUUGCGCGGCGAUGGGCAGAUCGUCACUUGGGGCCACAAGGAUUAUGGCGCUGCCCUGGGCGGUCACAAAGAGGAGUUGACGGCUGUCACAGGGAUUUCUGCCUCAGGACGUGCGUUUGCCGCAGUGCUGAAGGAUGCUACUGUUGUGGCAUGGGGGGAUAAGAAAUAUGGUGGAGACUGCCAGACGGUGAAGGAGGAGCUUCAAAACGUGAAGCUGGUGGUCGCAGCCUUCUGUGCUUUUGCGGCACUUUGCAAGGAUGGUCGCGUCGUGUCUUGGGGCAACGAAGCCUUUGGUGGAUCCUCUGAGAGUGUCAAGGAGAAGCUGGUGAAUGUCCGCCACCUUGCUGCCACCGACGGAGCCUUCGCGGCGCUCAAAGAUGAUGGGACGGUGGUGGCCUGGGGCGAUGAAAGCCAUGGCGGCCGGUGUCCUUCGGAUUUGCAGAAUGUCCAGGAGAUCGUGGGCACAACCAAAGCCUUCGCCGCGCGCUUGCGCGAUGGUUCCGUCCGCGUCUGGGGAGAUCCCGUGAAGGGCGGAUGCCUUGAAGGUGAAGUUCAGGAGCGGCUGAAAGAGGUGCAACGUGUCGUGGAGGUUGAAAGAGGUUGGUGGCGGAAAGAGGUCCACUUCGCCGCGCUCUUGGCCACCGGCACCGUGCUCAGCUGGGGCGAAGUCUCCGACACCCGCGGUGUCGAGGAGGAGCUGCAGGACGUGCGCACCGUGGCCGCGUCGUACGGUGCCUUCGCGGCCCUGCGCGGAGAUGGCCACGUGGUCAGCUGGGGCGAUCGCAAUUAUGGCGCCUGA